AUGAGGUGUGCCCUGGCGACGGCCUCCCGUGUUUGCAAGUUAUUGGGGGCCAUGGCGAUCAACAAGAUUUUGGUCUGGGGUAUCCCACAGCGAUCCUUGACUUGGAGUGGUGCGUCUUCGUGGGUAAACUCCUCAUGGCGGCGGAGGUGGCCUGCUCCUACCGCUACUGAUGGCAUGGCCCCUCCUCUUGCCAGCCCCUACUACUCCGUAGAGUAUGGGGAGAUUAUGUGGUCCAGGCCGCCGCUUACGCGCCAUGAACCCGAAUUGAUUCGCAAUGGCGAUUCCACGGAUGUCGGAACGGAUCAGCGCCAGGAGAACCGACUAAAUUAG